AUGAACAUUUUUAAUGCAACUCACCGGUCGACGCGUUUUACUAACAGCCUUUUCAGGCCGAUUUCGACAAAUUGGUUUCCUUUUCGAGAUCAGAGGAAAGAUGAUGCUUGCAUUCCAGUACUAACAAGGAGUCAUCCAUUGCGAAGCGGAUUGAUAACUGGGAGAAGGUUCUGCUCGAAAAAAGAAGGUAGGAAAUGUUUUUAAUCGUGAAAAAGAGAAGGAAAAAAUCGUUCAAUUCAUCGGAAAACAAUUUUCUCAAAAUUAAACAAAUACAAGAAUUAUUUAACAAUAAAAACGACCUAACUUUAAGAGUCGAUUUUUGAAAUUUUAACCGGAUGCAGGAUCUCACUAAUAUAAAAAUCCAUUCAAACUAAUGCCGUGUUCAAAGUAAUUUCCGCUAAAUGCAAAAUGGUCUCUGACCCUCCAAAAUUUAGUUAUCUUUCUCUUUCUCUGACGGCUAUUAUUGAAUUUCGCGGAAUCACUUUGAACACGGCAUAAAAAUUAAACGGAAAAAAGUGGAAAAAAAUAAAACGAAAAAUUUAGCCUAAAUCAUCUCAAAGCCAACUCUUCGCUGGAGAGUUUGCACUCGUGGCUCCUCAUGCGCCUUUAAAAAUUCCCUCAUUUUUGCACAAUUUUUUUCUUUUCUUUCGGUCUUAUGCAUUUAAUUUUCACGGCGUUCCAAAAGGGAACUCGCAAGCGAGCCGAUGAGGCGUAUCAUUUUACCGCGCCCUUGCGUUCGUUGGAGCGUACUUGCGCAACAGAACUUUUUUUUGAAAAUUCACAGAAAAUGUCAAAAACGAAAUUUUAAGAAAUUGAGAUGUUUCGAUUGAAUUCAGGGUAUUUUUUGUGAUUAUCAUGAUGUCCAUGGAAAAGUGGAAGCUUUCAAAACAUAAAGAAGCAAUUCGAUGAAGUUUCACUGACAAUUAUCCGUAUAUUUGCUUCUCAACCUUUAAAUCGGUUUUACGAAAAAUUUUCAGCUAUAAGCCUAUGGUAUUCGUUGUUUAAAAGAUGAAAGAAUGAUAGUAAAACGUAAAAAAAAAAAUUUGAAUGAAUGUUGUUGAGAAGUUUUUGACGAAAAAUCACAUAGAAUGAUAAUGGAAAAACGCUCAUUUGUUGCGUAGUUCUGCGAUCUUCGCAGGUGUUCUCUAAAAAUUUUUCCAAUUCUCUAAUUAACCAUGUUCUUUCGAAUGAACCUGUGUGAACAUUUUCAGCUAUCAAAAUAAAAGAUUGACCGACAUACCACAAAGUUUUAAUCUUUCGCGCGGAACACCCAAAAUUUGACAAGAUUCCAUGAAAUUCAGUUUAAAAAAAUUAUUUUUUUGCCGAAAAAAAGAUUUUUUUGAACAAUUUUAGAUUGUAGAAAAAAACUCAUUCUGCACAUGAAUCAAGCAGAAAGAUGUCGAAUACAUGGCAUGUAAAUUAAAAAAACUCGCGAAUUAUCAUUUUUUUCGUUUUGCCUCAACUAAAGCGGUAAACGGCCAAGGAGCGACAUGACACAACCAACUUAUAUGAAGUCAGAGCUGACGAACAAUAUAAACACAGCAGUAACACUCAGAAACGAAAAUGUAACAAGAAAUAGGGUUUUGAAUUCCCAAUACAAAACUAAACCACGCCCAGUUUUCUGCAAUUGAGGCGCGGUACUUUCUGCCUCAUUUUUCUCUACUGCGAGGUUCCCUUUUGGAACGCCGUGUUUUAUCUCUAAAUGCGUUUACUGCAAGUAACUUGAUACUCAAUGACGUACAUCACUUGCUCGUCAAUAUAUCUCGCUCCGAACGCUUUACAUUCAACGCGGAAAAAAAUUCUCUGGCCGCAUUGAUCCUCCAACAACUCUUCUUGCCUUCGUCGCUGCUCUCUCCAGCUGUUUCCUAGUCGUUUCAGCUUGAAUCCGGAGCUUUUCUAUCCCUUUUCUUUGACGUGGGUUUUUUCGCUUUUUUUUUGAGCUUGCGUUCUUGAAAUUUUAAUUAUAUGGUGUUUCUUUGUUUUUCAAGGUUCAUUUUUUUGAGUCAAAAAUGAAUUAAAAGUAAUAAAAAUCUUGCGUAGGUACAGCCAAUUUUUUUUAGUUUCUCCCUGUCCUUUUUGAGAUUAUAAUCUUGUAAUAAGCUCAAAAUUUUUUCAAAGCCUAGAAAACUAGUUCAAAGUAUUUCUGAUCUCUUUCUCUGACCUUUUUACAAGAGCAAAAACGAAAAGUAGGAAAAAUUGCACUUCCUCAUAUGUCACGCGCAGCUUUUACGUGAAUCUUUCAACUUCUUUGCCACUUCCCAAAUCUUUCCUUUUCUUUUCGGAUUAUAUGGACCGAAAAAUAACAACUUCCAGUGGGAAAAUACUCGUAUUUUGAAUUUGAUUGCUGGUGGAGUCUAUUCUCACGCUUUUUGCCCUUUUCUCUCAGUUUUUUAUUUACUUUUAUCCUUUAUCGAUCAAGUUUUGAGUCGUUUUUUGAAAGAAAAUUUUCAAGAAGAUUUCAAAUAUUUUCAAAUAAUUCUUAUCUUUUUUGCGUUUUUAAGCAUCUUUCUAAAAAUUUGAUUUUCGAUAGGAUUUUAAUUUUUCUACCUUGUUUUCGUUAAAUUAAAAUCAUGAAACAAAGGAAAAGUUCAAAUUAUCUCACUAUAAAGUUUUUCUGGACUUGAACAUUAUGUUUUUCUUAGAAAAAUUUCAUUUUUUUCACGUCCUAUUAUUACUAGUAGAAAUCAGCCAAAAAUUUAAUUUUUUUCAUAUUCCAAAAAUUUAUACUUCAUCUAUUAAUAAAAAUUGAACCCAAAAAUCCCAUAAAAAAACCAAUAAUUUUUUUAAAAAAAUCUAUUUUGAGGGCUUUUUUUGACUGUAUUUUUUUCAAAUUUUGAAACUAAUCUUUUUUUGAAAAAGCGCCCCAAGUUCGUCAUUUAUCAAUAAAUUGGAAUAAUAAACAGAAAAAAAGGGCUUCCCCAACCUUGAAAUCACAGUCUUGUUGGGUAUAAAGCGCCGAAGAUCAGCCGAUUUUCACGUGAUUCAGAUUUUUAUUGUCUUUUCUUCUUUUCUGUUUUUUUUCUCCUGUCCCUUCCAAAGAAGAGACCUGCCCCCGUGGACCGUUUGUUUUCAUUUCGAUGGGUUUUCUUCUGGGUUUCACUAAUAUUUUUGAUUUUGUUACUCGAUUUUGAAUUGUUAUUUGCCUUCCUAAAUGAUGAGAUUUCGGGAUUUUCCUGGUUUUUCAGAUGAAUUCGAAAGGAUAUUUCAAUUUUUCAGUAUAGGUUUCCAAACUGUAUUCAGAAUUUUUUUCUUUUCCGUAAUUUAUUUGGAGCUUUUUGUCGAAAGUCAUUUGAAGCCUGAAAGAGGUCAAUAAGUCGAUCUUUAUUUAUUUAUUAAAGUAGGCAAACCUUUAAAAAAAUAUCCCUCUUGCAAAUUUCAGCAUUGAUUUUUCGAUUUUUCCAGUGAAAGUUACUUCAGUAAUUUGAAUUUUUUUAUUUUAAAUAUUUUUCUGAUCAAUUUUGGUUUGUACAGGUGUCGGGAAAAAGAGGCUAGUGAAAAGAAAAUGAAUUAAAGUCAAAUUUAAAAUUUGAAAAAAUUCAAAUUACCUUUUGAAGUAACCUUCUUAUGAUUUUUUUUAAGACUUUGCUGAUUUUUCGAUUUUAUUGCGAUUUCAAAAGGCCGUUUUUGUGUUCUCUGAGCUUAUUCAUGACGUUUAAAUCUUCAAAAACCUGAGUAAAAAGACUUUUUCUUUGAAUAAACCAGCUCGAAUUUCAAAUUCCAUGUUUCCAAACAAGACUCGAGCCUUUUUUCUGAAAUGAAAGAGAAAAACCGGCCGUGUUUAUAACCUGCCAUUAACUGCGUUCUCCGGGCAAGUAAACCAACUCUAUUUAUCAGUUGGAAAUUUCGGACCCACGUGCGCCGUUUUGGACUGAAGUUUCAGUGAUAUCACUACGUUCAUUUAUUGCCCGAUUUUACAUUUUUGUUUUGUUUUCGAUAAGAUUGUUGUCUUUUUUUACUGAUAAAUAGUGGGUUUUUCCCUUUCUUUAUUGUUUCCGAGGGGAGUUUUUAUCUUAAAAGUUUCAAAAGUAUCAGUUCCUUCUUCAUUCAAAAUUCAUCUGCCAAGUUCGAAAAGUCGUGGUCGCAUUUGGAAUGGUUUAGAUCGGCUUGGAAAAAAAUAAAAAUAUCUUCUAGUGUAAACCCGCUUAGGGUCUGUUUUUAAAGCAAAGUUCACACGUUGAGCCAUUCCGAAAUGCGGCCAGCAAAAAAAGUUUUUAUAAAAAAAUAAAUUUUCAAGAUCUCUUUUUCGGGAACGUCUCAAAAAAAGUUAAAAAAAUGUUUUUGAAUCCGGAGUUUUUUUUCAAGGCGUUUUCAAAGAAAUUCCCUUAUUUUUUUUGAUUCCUUUGUCAGGUUUUUUUAUGAAUGAAGAAAAAGGUAAAAAGGGAUGACCCACAAAAAAGACACUAAAAAAAGGGGGCGGAAAAAGGCCCGUCGUUGAGAUCUCAGUUUUUUUGACCUUACGAAAGAUCAGAAUUUUCUCUAAAUUUGUUCCACAGUUUUUUUAUUUUCUCAAGUUUUUUUCAGAACACUUUUUUUCGUCAAUCAUAUUGCCGUGUUCAAAGUGAUUUUCGCGAAAUGCAAAAUGAUCUCUGAUUCUCUUAAAUUUAGUGAUCUUUUUUUUUUUUUGACCAUUUUGCAUUUCGCGGAAUCACUUUGAACGCGGCAAUAUCAAAUUUACUUCAUUUCAUUUUAGUUCAUCUACUUUCAUGAAGGUAUUGGAAUCCUUGAAAUAGAUCUUGAUUUCAGCACAAAAUGGCCACGACGGUCUCAACACCAGUCCAGAGGACCCGACGGUGUUCCUGUGGAGAAAAUAUCGGUGAACCUUUCGAAUUAAUUUUAUUUUAUCAGUUGAUCGAAGUUGAAUUUCAGUUUCCAGUAAGAAACAGAAUGAGAUAAGAGCAUCAAUUUUGAGACUAUAAUUUAUUUGUUGAAAAAUGUUUGGACGUACUGGGAAAAUUUUUAGACCACCUUUAUAGAAGCCACUAUUAUGUCUCUUAGUUUUCACUAUAGUGUGAAAUCCGAAACUGUCUCUGACUCUACGAAAUUUAGUUAUUUUUAUCUUUCUCUGCCGAUUGUUUUGGAUUUUGCGCGAAUCAUUUUGAACACGGCAUAGGAGUUUUAGUGGUUCAGGAGUACCACUUGGACCCUUAUAGUGGCCACUAAUUUCUAGCCCUUUAAGUGGCCAUUAAUUCAACUACUACAGUGACCGCUAAAACGUCAAAACCCUUUAGUGGCUAUUGGAGUAUCGAGAAGUAAAUAGGCUUGCAUUUCAGAAAUUUUAGAAGCUAUUAAAGUAUCAAAAAAAAAUUUUUUUUAAAUUUUACCAGGGAACGUUUUUUACCCCCCGGUUGAACUUUUGCUGAAACUUUGCUGAAGUGUACUUUAGGACCCCCUGAUUGCAGAUCAAGAAGAAAAAUUUCUCGAAAUAGAUCUUGUUUCCGAGUUAUGGAGCUUCAAAGUGUGCAAAAAUAGGCAAAUUAGGCCAAAAAAAGCGCUAUUUCGGGCUUUUUGAAGUGUCCUAACUCGAAAACGAGAUCUAUUGCGAGAAAUUUUCUUCCUGUUCUGGAAUCAGGGGGUCCUAAAAGUACACUUCGGCAAAGUUUCAGCAAAAGUUCAACCGGGAGGUAAAAAACGUUCCCUAGUUAGAAUUUUCGCAUUUUUUUAAAGAGAUUUUGAACAUUUUCGUGUUUCCCUACUGAAAUUUAAUAAAUUCAAUGAAUCCUUAAGAUAUUAAGUACGAAUAAUGUCAUUGAACAUUUUUAUUUUGAGUUAAAUUUCUGAAAGUUUUGAAAUUUCCUAAAGUAGGAAAGGUCCCUUGAGGGAAAUCUACAAGAGCCCCUUAAGUUGCCAUUCUACCGUUCUCAAGAUGUCCGUCUUUUCACACAAGGAAAAAAAUUCCAGUGAGCCCAUCAUUUGGAACGAUCGGAACUCCACCAAGGAAAUGCUCGAAGAUUUUGGAUUCCUCCACGACGCCCAAAACUCUCACGGUUCAACAUCAUCACGAAGAUCACUCUUUCAUGCGCAAUAUUUCCGCGACGGUUCGUUUAAGUCAAUAAAAUAAAGAGUGUACAGGAAAAUCUAGACUUUUCGAGUCUUCAUGAGCCAAAGAAUCAUUUUCGAAUGUUGAUCUGAUUUCUCCAUUAUUCAUGAAGAGUUAAAGAUCGAUAUUGGUAGUUUUAAAGAAUUUUAGGUUUUUGUUGGGAAACAUUUGUAUCACAGCUUUUGAACAAUAAUCUAAAAACGGUUAGUUUCCUGUUUCUUCCAUUUUUCAUUUCCAAUCCUAUUAUAGCUUUUCUCGAUAUUUGUUUCAUAAGGUCACCGAUAACUGAUGAAUUAGAGAUCAAAGCUGUGUUUUUUCAUGGUUUUUAAAUUAUUUGAAGAGAAAAACAUGAAAUAUUUAUAUCGCAGCUUUCAAAAACUCCAAAAAAGGUCUAUUCACCUAUUUUUCUGUCUCAAAAGUUUUUCUUUACUGGGAAAAUUUUUAGUGGCCUCUAUAGAGGCUUACUUGUUGGAGAGGACACUAGAGUGUCCACUAAACAUACCUCUAUAGUGGCCACUGUUUUCCGUUUUAGGGGCCACUUCAGUAGUUUUUCAUCCAGUAUUCCUUCCAGUAACUCUGAUAAUUUUAUAACAAACAGACUGGAUCAGUAAUGUUGAUCCAUUGACCCCUAAAGUAGCCACUAAAAUUUUUAGUAGUGUAUUAGUAGCACUUAGACCUCUAGAGUGGCCACAAAUUUUGAACCCCUUAAGUGGCCAUUACUUUGACUACUGUAAGUGGUUACUAAAACGUCGAAACUCUAUAGUGGCCACUAAAAAUUUCCCCAGUACGAACUGUAAACUUUUUUCUGAACACAGACAGAAGAACGAGUAAAAAUUGUUUGUUUGAAAAUUGUGGAAAAAUUACUGAAAUUUUGAAAUUUUAAGUAAUGCUGGUCAACUCUGUGUGAGGUUAAUUAUCCUUCUUUUUUAGGAUUUUUUUCAAAAAUUAAGAUUCAGACUCGGUUUUUUAUUUCAUUUGCGAUCUUUACGCUUCUCGAUCGUUUUUUUGAUAGCGAACAGGCAUUUGGAGAUUUUUAUGUUUUUAUUUUUCCUGGAAAGUUUUAUGACAACGAGAUUGACGCGUUCUUUUUCUUUGCUUUGAUGUAUGGAACGAUAAAGAGAACAUUUUUAUUAUUGUGUUACAUCAAAAAUUCGGCAACUGAUAACACUUUUUGAAUCUAACAAGUAGAACAAGCAGAAGAAAGAGCAAAUUUCGAAAAAAAAGCACCAAAAAUAAUAGCUCGAGCACAUUUUUGCGCCCUAUGGAGAAAAACGAUUAGACUUUUUGGACAUGUCAUAUUUUUUUUAUCUUUUUUUCUAAUCAUAUCCGCUGAAUUUCAUUCAUUAAAAACUUUCAAAUUCAUUUUCAAAAUUUGUGAACGCGUACUAUGAAGAUUCAGUGCUACAGUAAUACGCCAAGCCAUCCAACUUUGAACAAGUGGUGUGGGAUGUAUACCAUUCUGAACGCAAUCUUGAUUCGGAUACAAGUUUUUUGACGAAAUUCAACCAAAAUUUCAUCCCAAGCUCAAACUUUUUCUUAACCGCAUCGCGUUGACCCAUUCCAAAUGCGGCCCGGAAGUUUCUAGCCUACAUUUUCAUCGCAAUUUUCGAUGAGGAGACGGUUUCAAGCAUCUUUGAAUUAUUUUUAAAAGUCUUGAGUUCUAGAUGUAACUCCAACUUCUGGCAAAGUUUUAACUUGAACCGCAGCGCGUUGAGCCAUUCCAAAUGCGACCAAAAAUUUAAGUUUUCAUCAAAUCAUGCAUACUUUUCUGGAGCAGCAACUUCAAAGCAAAUUUUGAUUUGAACAAAAAGUUCAACCAAAAUGAUCUCUGACUUAUUUUUUAAGUCCUUCAACCAACAUAACCACGUGACUUUAAAGGAAGUUACAGUAAAUGGGUACGAAAAUUGUCUUCUGACUAAAAUCUCGCGGCAUCAUAAAACGAACCGACAUGCUUGCUUUCGUCGGUGAAACCAUUAAACCCACCCAGACAACACAUCUUCUUUUUUUUGCCUCUUUUUGAUUGUCUUUUCUCUUUCUGCACCCAUUCCUCUCGGUACACGAUGCACCCAUUCGAUGUUCCGAUAUCGGAAGGAAAAGUCGAAGAACAAACUCUUUUUUCCGGCAAGGAACACGGGGAUUUUCCUCCUUUUGGGAACGGUUCCGGUUCUUGGAAAAAUUUAGUUUAUUGAGGUCGGAUUUAGUGAAUUUACUUAAGAAAAUCUCUGGAUUUCACUUUAUGGAACCUUUGCGUAAUUGAUGGAUUUUUCAGUUUUUUUGAGGCCUAAUUUUCAUGAAUAACGGCCUAGUCGCUUUUGAUAUAGGAAAAAGGGAGGAGAAAAUUAGUUUUGAUUUUUGGAGAGUAUCGAAAAUUUAUUAUUUUUCUAGGCCUCAAACUCAUUUCUUUUUUUUAAGCCUUUUUUUUUUACCAUGGAUAGAUUUUUUUUUUCUUUUUUAAGUAGAAUAUUAUCAUUUUUUAAGGUUUUGAGCAGAAAUUUUAAUUUUUUUUUCGAAGCAAGCAUGAAUUUGUUCACAUGAAAAAUCGCAUUUUGAAAAGUUCGGCUUGAUUAUUUUCAUUCCCUCACAAGGGAGGUCAGUAAAUUUGUUCAAAUGUUCUUUAAAGGAUCUAGAUGAAGGGAAAAUUUUAUUUUUCGCAAAUCUGACUUUCCAUUGUUACGAAAUACAGAUUUCGAGCUCGAUAAUGUGUCAUUCACAAACUCGAAAAUUCGUAUCUCAAGAAAAAAAGAGAUCUUUUAUUGGACCAUCGAAGAAUAAGAAAAUUUACAGAAUUCAAAAAAAUUUCUCCAACUCAAUCAGGUCUCCAUAGUUUUAACUCGGAAUCUGGUUUCGAUACAGUAUAACCAAAGGCGUUCUGUGAGUUUUCGCUCUGAUCUUCCGAUCGUUGUACGAUGGGGCGCAAAUGUGUUGAAAAGGCAGACAGACGGCCGUUUCGCUGCGCCGCCCCUUUCUGCAGAAAUUUUGAUCACCGUCUCUUAGUUUGGUUGAUUCUAGGAAGUUUUUGGUUUCAUUUUUUUUCUCAAAAGACGAAAAACAAUAUUUGCUUCGAUUAAAAUUCAAAAUUAUUUGUAUGCACUUACGGAUCCUAAAAAUUCAUUUAUAAGAACUUCAAUUUGCUUUAAUUUUAAAAUAGUAUUAAGUUCUAAUCUACCUUCGUCUCUUUGUUACCGUACUUUUUUCUCGCUCGAUUACUGUAAUCAACUACAGUAACCCUAGAGUCAUGCCGACGCCGGCGGUCCUCUUUCCGAUGGGCGUCGCGUUCUUCCCAGAAGAUCCCGUGGUUAUUGUCAAAAGUCAUAUCGAGGUAUCAAUCUAAAGAAAUUACCCGAACUUCAAUCAGGAUCAAUUUAUUUUUCCGAUGAUCUGAUUCGAGUUGAUAUUUUGAUCUAAUUUUCGAACCGAGAAUGAUUUUAUAUCAUAAUCAGAGGGAGUAUCAAGAAAUGGAGGAAAAACCGCUCGGACAUUGGUAACGCGGAACGGACGUGCUCCGGACGUUUCUGAGCGAUUCUAGGGAUCUCUUAAGAGUUCUGAGGCAACUAAAGUGGUCACUAGAAAUGCCCCGACACGUCCGUUUCGCGUCCCGUUCGCGUUACCAAGGUCUGAGCGAGACUAAGAAUGACCUGAAACUAUUCGAAAUAUGUUUUAAAGGAGUUUUUGAAAUGAUUUUGAGACUCAUAUCCGAGAAAUGGACUAGUAAGUUGAAGUUAUAGUCCAAAUCAUGAAUAUCGAAAAUUAUCAUUAUAAAAUUAUGAACUGAACUUAAAAUCGUCAAUUUGUAUAUCUCUGAAGAAAAAAAUGUUUGUGCAGUUUUUUUUAAAAUUAGAAUCUGGAAAAGGAAUUUUCAAUUUUCAAAAACAAAAAGACAAAUUUAUAUAACCUUUUGGUUUCCCAAAAAUCAUUGAAAUUUACGCUUUUGUUAUUUCAAACUUUUAAAUUAGAUUUUUGGUUGUUUUUAUUUGAAAAGUAGCUUCGAAACAAUGGUUUCAAUCCACUAAGUUGUAUCCCAAUGGAUCUAAAUUUCGAAAGGAAAACAUUUUAGCUGCCAAAAUCAGUUUCAUAACCUUUUGAUGUCCAAAAAAAUCACUGAAGCUGACUUUUGGCAUAGCAAGCCAUGUAUAUUUAAUUUCAGGUGGAGUGCCUGUAAUUUUAACUAUAAACAGAAGUUAUUUGAACCCUCAAAUGAAAGUUAUCAAGCUUUCAGGACCUUGUGGCGGAAGUCCAAGAGACAGCGUCGACCUUGACGAAUCUCGGCAUAACGUCUUCUUCGUUGCCAGAAGCCAGAGUAUUGCUCAUCUUAUAGCUGAAAUCAGUUAAUAUGCAAAUUUUCAAGGUUCUUGUGAUCUACACUGGCGGUACGAUCGGAAUGAAAGCGACUGACGGGGGUGAUUUUUUAGAUGAAUUAAAACAUUUUCCGAUUUCCAGGACAUUUCAAAAUGUUUUUUUUUUGGGUAAAAGUCGAACAUUUUGACUUUUUUUUUCGUAUAGAGCUGUUCGAGCUCGGAGAAUUAAUAGGAAACUGGAAAACUGGGAAUUGCAACUGCACUGUUAGAUUUGAGAAAAAGUGCUAAAUGCUUGAAAAAAUGACUUUUUUAUUUUCAUAAUCUGGCUGAAAUUUUGAUUUCAAAGCGUUUGAAAAGACCUAAUAGGCCGUAAAAUAUGAUUUUUUCGUUGGGAAAUUUUUUUAGAGAAACCCAUGAAAGUGAACUAUUUUUCUCGAAAAUUUGAUUUUUCAUAUCUCGGGCAUUGUCCAAAAAGCAUACACCCUGGAAAAAUCGAAUUUUUUAUUUUUUUAGCUUUUUUUUCCGAGACCCAGACUCAUUACUCUUUUUUUAGUGAACCGACACUUCUCGGCUGAAUUUUUAUAGACCCUUAAUUUUCAAAGUUUGCACUGUUUUCAUGAUAACGAUUAGGGUCGAUUUUAUCAGCUGCUUGCACUUUCGACUCUUCUAGAGUAUUUUGAAUGAUAAGUAUAGUGAAGGCAAUUGUUGGAUUUGAAAAAAAAUCGAAGUGUAAAACACUGGAGAAAAAAAUGAGGAAACACAACCAAAAAUGGUAGAUCAGCUAUGACAUAUAACAGGGGUGGAAAAUUUAAAAGAGAAGCUUUGUAAAACUCGGAUAAAGAGAGUGAAACAUUUAAAAAUUGAUCGUAGAAUGAAAAAAAUUUUGAAAAAUUGAAAAAAACAAGAUCAAGUGAAAAUUUCGAAAUAUCUGUAGAGAUUUCGAUUAAAAAACCAUUUUUUACACUUUCUGAUUGAGAAAAAUCACUUUUUUUUUCUCAAUAACUCAUCUUUUUUUUCUAAGAAAAUCCCAAAAUUAUCCUAAUUUAAGAUCAGAAAAAUAUUAAAAUACGAUUUUGACUUUUUUUAUUUUUCGCAUGAUCUUUUCUGUCACCCAUGAGCACUUUUCUAAUUUAUCGUGUUUUUAUUUUCUUGAAUUUGUAAUUUUUUUCUGGUCGAGCAGUUAUAAGACUCUAACAGUUUUCCUGAUUAUUUAUCUAUACAGAAAAGUUAGGAAACUGUAAUUUCAUUUUGAAUGACCCGAAACUAGAAACGAAAAAGAGAAACUUGAGUGGAGUUCUCUUGAAUUUUGGUCUGAUUUCCGCGUUACGAGUAAAACCUUUCCACGUCAGUUUCACUACAGUAAAAUUCCAAUAAUAAAAAAACUUUUUAACGAUUUCGAAGGUCUGAGAAUGUCUGGGAGAAUUGUAAAGUUCGAGUUUUUCGCCUCAUUCGCGUGGCAAUUAACGUAUCUCUAUGUUGGGGUUCUGGCGGUCUCGCGGCGAAAGUUUAAAGAUUCCUUGGAAUACUGUGGGGUUCAUAUUGGGCUGGAAAGGUUUUAGGGUUUGAAAAAAAAAAGAUAAUUCAGAUUUAAAGUUCAGAAAAUUUAAAAGGAGCAUUUAGUCUCAAAAAAUGAAAAAAGUGCUCUUUUCCUCUUCCUAAAAUGGAAUAAAAAAAAUUUUUACCGAAACCUUUUUUUUCUAUAUUUUAGGCUUAGUACUACCUUUUUUUUAGAUUAAAGUUUUUUUCAGGAAUAAUUUUUCUGAAGAUUCCCAUAACCCAUCAAAAGGAUAUAGUUUUAUGAAAGAGUUUGAUUUUCAGAAAAUUUGAUUUAUUGAUUUUUUUUCCCCAAGAUUUUGACUAUCCAUUAUGGUAGUAGAACAAUUUCAGUGUACUGCCCAGUUCCCGGUUAUCUCCCUGAAGUGAUCCGAGACAUUCCGCCACUCAACGACCGACACUACAUCGACCUGAACUACGCGAAUGUCGCUGUUCGGCCGUAUUCCCUGCCCCCAGUUAGGCACAUGAAGAAACGCGUUGUUUACUGGGUAAAUGCCCCUGAUAGUUUUCCCCCGGACUAUAUGAAUUGAUGUAAUCUUUUUCAGAUAGUAGAGUAUGAACCGUUGUUGGACUCUUGCGACAUGACUUUCGAUGACUGGAUCCGCAUCGCCACCGACAUCAAGAAGGUCAAUAAAUAGGAAAAAAUGGGAGAGAAUUCAUACCCUUGAAGAUCAAAAAUUGGCUCAUCCGGAAAAAAAGAUUCAGCUCAUAAUUUCUCAUAAAACGCUUUCAAAAAACUAGAAAAGUAGUAUAAAAAGAGAAAAAGUGUAUUUCAAGGCCUACCACAACUAUGAUGGUUUCGUUGUCCUCCACGGGACAGACACCCUUGCCUACACGGCUAGCGCCUUGUCUUUCAUGAUGGAAAACUUGGGAAAACCGGUGAUCAUCACUGGAAGCCAGGUAAUCCCCUGAAAAAUCUACGAAAUGAAAGGUAGAUCCAGAUCCCAGUAGCUGAGGUCAGGUCGGAUGGUAUGGAGAACUUUGUCGGCGCCUUGAUCACCGCCGGAAAUUUUGAUAUUCCUGAGGUUUGUUCGAAAGAAAUGAAAUGGUUAGAAGCCCGACUUUUCGCGACUUGAUUUUAAAGGAUGCCGCGACGCGAAAGUUGUUUUCGGUCGGGUGCGCUGAAGUUGAACUUGAAAAAGAAAGCUUUUGAGCCAUUCUAAAAGCGGUCAUAGGCUUAUAAAUGCUCAAAUCAGGUCCAAACUUUUGUCAGGUGGAAAGAGCAGAAACAGAAAGCGAGAGAAAUAAUUUAUAAGAGCCAUAAAACUGAGAAAAAGUUGAGAAAAACGGCUUCUGAUUUUUUGGCAUCAAAAAAGUCGGAAUGUUAACAAAAGAAAAUACUUUUUUUUUUGCUAAAUUCCUGGGGAAAAUGAACUUUUCAAUCGUUUUUCGCAUUUUAUUUCGACCGGAUUCGGCUUGUUACCCUACCUUCUUUAGAUGGGAGCUUUCUUGGAAAGCCCUAAAUAAUAACAACUUCUUCACAGAUCAGUUAAGACCGAGAUUCUACGCCAUUUUACAACAUUUUGCGUCGUGAACUUCAGAAAACGUUUUAGUAAGUUACGUAAAAAUUUUAGGUCUGUGUAUACUUCAACAAUAAACUGAUGCGCGGUAAUCGCACGAUCAAACUCGACAAUUCCGCUUUGGAAGCCUUCGACAGCCCGAAUAUGCAUCCAUUGGCGCAUAUGGCCAUCAAUAUUAAUGGUGGGUUUUCUAGGAAUCAAGCUUCAGAUACAUCAACCAAUGAAAAUAUUUAGGAAUCCCUUUUUAUUGGAUGAAAAUGUUGUACAGAUAAUUUGGAAGCCAUAAAAGCCCCCAAGGGAGAGUGAGAAUGGCAGAAAAUUUUCAAAAGUUCUUUCACUCAAUUGUUUUUGUUCCGUCGAGAAAAGUUGUAAUAGAGGAGUAUUUCGAUUUUCAAAAUGGUAGGAAAAAUCGAGGAAAAAAUCCAUUUUCUCUACACAGUUCAAAAACCCUUGCUGGACAAAUUUUGAAAAUUUUAUGGACGAAAGGCCGUUUCGAAUGCUUGUUCAAGUCAUAAAAUACUUCUGCGCUUCCAAAAACCACUAGUUCAGAUUUUUAAGUGACCAGCAGACGAAACAGAACUUUUUAUAGAAUUUACAAAAAAUGCAUUUUGACUUCAAUUUAUUCAGUAAAUUAUGACUCGAUCUUCCGGAGUGACAAGGUCGAAGCCUUCACCGUCCAGGAAAAUCUCUGCCGAGACGUCGGAAUGCUCCGGAUUUUCCCCUCGAUGACCAUCGAAUCAGUUUAUUCGCCUUUUAAGUAAAAACAAUGAGUUUGAAUUAUUUGAGGUGCGGGCGUUCCUCCAGCCGCCCACUCAAGGCGUCAUUCUACAGACUUUCGGAUCUGGCAACAUGCCAACCCGCAGAAUGGACAUUAUCAAGGCGUUGAAGGUCUGUUUUGAGGGAUUUUUUGGAAGUUGCAGGGCUGUGAAAACUGAAAUUGGAACGUUUGAAAAAAAAUUAAGCAUAUUUCUUACUUUCUAUAAGCUGUGCUUAAGGUGUUUUAAGUGCAAAAUUUAAAGCUUUAUAAAAAAAGUUCUUCAAGCUGCUUGUUUCUGAGAACGUGGAACAGCGAAAAAAACCUCUAGGAUAAUUUAAAAAUAAUCUUUUUCUUGAGAAAAGACUCUUGAAGCGAUCGCAAAAUAACGGAAAAUCGGUAAUUUACAUGAAGCUUUGCUGUGAAAAAGAUACGAUUUCUUGAAGUUAGCGUUUUUUUUUUUAAGAAGUCUCAUUUUCUGAAAAAAAUUUUUAGUGGCCACUAUAGAGGCUCGCCAAGGACUACUUAGAGAGGACACUAAAGUGGCCACUAAACCCACCUCUACAGUGACCACUAUUUUCCGUUUUAGUGGUCACUUCAGUAGUUUUUCAUUCAGUAUUCCAGUAACUCUGAUAAUUUUAAAACAAACAGACUGGACCAGUUAUAUUGAUCCAUUGACCCCUAAAGUGGCCACUAAUUUUAACCCCUUAAGUGGUCACUAAACCCACCUCUAUAGUGUCCACUAUUUUCCGUUUUAGUGGCCACUUCAGUAGUUUUUCAUCCAAUAUUCCUUCCAGUAACUCUGAUAGUUGGAAAACAAACACAUUGGAAUAGUUAUAUUGAUCCAUUGACCCCUAAAGUGGCCACUAAUUUUUAACCCCUUAAGUGGUCACUAAAAAUUUUCCCAGUCUGUCGAGUUUCCAAACGUUUUCGGCUCCGAAAGUUUUGCUCGAGGUCAAUACAAAUUCCUUUCUUCAUGAGAACUUCAAAAAUUAUUGCGAGGUGGUAUUCAUUUUUUUUUCUUAGGAUUUUAGGCUCUUUAGGCAGGAUUUUAGGUCUCUUAAGGUUUUAGAGAAUUACUUUAAAUCACAGUUUCAACUGGGAAUCCCAAGUUCUCCUCAUUGGAAUUUCUUAUUGACAAUUGACUUCUUAUAUCAUAAAAUGCAAGAUUUUAUUGUCCCUUUUUCUCAAAGAAAACACAGCGAUUUCUCUUUUUUCGUAUGACUGUGUGAACUUUUUGGUCACUGAUACCACUCAAAGUUCUGACAACAAAACAAAAAAUUGCAGAUUUUCGACUAGAACUUUGAUGUUUGUUGCAAAAUAUCUGAUUUUACUGGCUUUUAUCACGCCAUCGUGCACUGUCCGUGUUUUCGAAUCACCCUUUGCUGUUAUUUUGGGCGUUUUAGGAGGCGAUCGACCGCGGAGUCCUCGUCGUCAACUGUUCCCAGUGUCUGAAGGGCCAGGUCGACGUCCACUACGCUACGGGAAAGGUGAAACAUACAGUUGUUUUCAGGUUUUCAGGUGUAUCCUUGUUUCAUUCGUAAAUUUCCUUCACAAUUUUCUUUUUGACUAAGACUGUUUUCAAUCGAAUUUUGAUGUCUAAAAGCUGAAUUUUGUCGAAUUUCUUUCAGAUUAAUUUAUGUCCCUAUCUAAUUCGAGUUUUUCCUACACUUUCAUUUCUUCACAAGGGAGGUCAUUAUACUUUGCGGUUGGGAUUUUCCUAAAAAUUGGCCAGAACACUCCUUGAUGUACCAGAAGAAGAUUAUGAUUACAUGGGGUGAGCAUGACUGGCAACAGCCAAGUUCCCCCCCCUCUCUCUCACUGGAAGCCAACUUCUGCCAAUAAAUUGAAUUUUUACAAAAAGAAUUUCUUAUUUUUUUAAAGAUCGGACUAGCGUCGUCAAGCGCGCACUCUGAGCAUUUUUUUCACGGUUUUUGCCAACCCCCCGCUUUCUGGUUUUUUUGCCAAGUGCUCUCCCCUUUUUCAGGUUCCACCGAGACUAUCCCAUGUAUGAUUAUAAAAGCUUCAACCUGCAGAAAUUUCUACUUUUCGGAAAAAAAAGGCUGUCAAAAUGAGCUAUUUUGAGGCUUUAGACCCUUAUUUCUUGAAAAUUAGAAGAUUGUGCAGGUUAAGACGUUCAGAAUCUGUUUCUGGUACCUCAAGAAGUGUUCUGGCCAGUUUUCCGGAAGCUCCUGACCCCAAAGUAAAAUGACCUUCCCUUCUUCUUCUUCUUCCUACGCCUUUGUACCGCUUGAGCGGCGUCGGCGCCCCAAGUCGAUUAGCCGAGGUCCUAUCCUGAUAUCAGUGGACUGGCUCGAGUGACAUAUCUGUCCUUGUGUGUGAUGGCUGGGGAUUUUGAAGUCGUGGUUUCCCACUACCAACAUUUCUUAGACCCCUUGGUUGGGUCGGGGCGGGGAUCGAACUUGUGACCCUGUGGACCAUAGACAGGCACACAACCUGUUGCGCUACGGCGCGCCCUUAAAAUGACCUUCCCUGUUAGAAAGAAAAAGUUUUUCUUAUUAAUUUUCUAUUUUUCUCCACAGAAAAGACCUUUUCAGUUUUUUCUGACCGUUUUAUCAGAAAAGGUGGAUUUAAAUCAAAAAUUUCCCGCGGUCGUAAAUAUCUCAUAACCUUUUUACUACCCUAAAAACGCAAAAAUUAAUAAGAUGUCAAGAAAAAUUUCUGUUUUCUUGUUCUAAGUCUGGCCCUUUUUUCUCAGAUCCUCUACGACAUCGGCGUGAUUCCGGGAUCUGAUAUGACUUCUGAGGCGGCGAUGGCCAAAAUGUGCUACGUCCUGGGCAAAGAUUGGGACUUGUCCGAGAAACGACUGGUUUUUCUUGAACGAUCUUCUAAAAUUGAUAUUUCAACGAUUUCAGAUGUUGCAAUCGAACUUGCGCGGCGAGAUGACCGUGGCGAACAAGGGAGAAAUGCGGGAGCUCGAUAUUAGUGAGUCUAGAAAAAAUAUAAAAAUUAUUCGGACUUGCUUUAGUAAGGUUCAAACCUCAGACUUGUUGAAAAUCUUUUUUUUUUCAAACUUUUCGAGAACAUUGUUGUUGAAGUAAAAUAUGAACGCAAGAGGGUUGAGAGAAAAGAAAGGAAAUUUUUGAUGGCAAUUGUUUUUUAAUCCCUUAAGAGAUUUCUUUCCUUCAACCGUUUCUUUGAGGUUUUGAAAAAAAUAGGUUUUUUCUUUCAAAAAUUUUUUACCGACUUGAAAAGGUCCUUCCCAAUAAAAAAAUCAUAGGAAAAAGCCUUUCGAAGGUUUUUUUCAAAUUAUUUUUUUGAAUAUAUUGGAAAAAAAUUUUCAAUUGGUCUAGCGCCACUAGGACUUCUGUGUGGCUACCAUUUUUUAGCCACUUAAAUCAGGGACCACAGACCUAUUUUUUGAACUCAAGCUAGCUCCUCGUUUUUGUUAUAAAAACAAUGAUUUUUACAUGUAGUAUGCGAAAACAGAAAAGAAAAACGAAAAAUAUUAAGAAUACGGGGAGAAAACAAUAUUUAAAAGUAAUUGAAAAGCAAAAAUUUUUGCACUGAAAUUUUGGUUUUGCGAAUUCUCAUGCAAUCUGCGCGCACCCUCAUUUGCAAGGUCGGCACGGUUUCAGGAGCCAAAAGAGAAGGUUUUACGAGCUGUAAUCCCACUUUACCAUCACUUUCGUCUCAGUGACUGCACAAAUACAGCCUACAGUGCUCUUUGAAUCCCAUAAAAAUGUAAUUUCGCCUACUUUUUAUUCACCUUUUUUUGUUGAGAAAAAAAUUUUUUUCGGCGAUCUUGAAUUUUCGAUUUUAUUGCUUUAUUUGUUUGAUAAUUAAAAAAACUCUUAUAAAUGAGUAAGAAAAAAACGCGUGUCUUCGACCGGGAAAUGUUUCAAAAACAACUCGCAAAAAAAUUCUCCACCUUUUUUUACCACUCAAAAACAGUACAUUUGCUUGUAGUUGUCAACAAGUAUUAUUUGAGCAAUGUUUUUUUCUCAAUAUGAAAAAAAGCAUAAAAAAUCUUCCAAUACUGCAUUGCAAUUGAGAAAACAAUUUUUGACUUUGCGCGCCUCUCAAUUUUUUCGGCGAACAUAGAAUUAUUAUUUUUUUGGCUUAAAAAAUUGCAUUUACUGUUUAUAAGUAGUUUUCAAAAAAUCAACUUUGUCCGCGACCUAGAUGAAUAUCAAAACGCAAAAUUAAGUUUAUUUUUCGAACUCGCCUCACUAUUUUGUACGACACUCCGUUGAAACACAUGGAAAGUACCUAAAAACCUUUUCAACGGAAAGAGGAACCUUUUCCACAUUUAUGCUGAAAUUUUCAUCAUUUUUCAUUGUUUCUAUCGGCUGUACGAAACAAUCAAAGACGGAAUACCAAAAAAAUGGCCUUUUUUCCCUCGCGAAAAGGGGCGGGGCUUUGCGGUCGCUACCUUAAAUGCCUACUAAUUUGCCUACCAUAAUGGCCACUCAAACCCUAAAGUGGCCACUAGGAUUUUUCCAGUACUACUGGGCUUUGCCUUUCGAAAAAAAAAAUCGAUAAAUUUCGGAAAAAAAAAGUGCUCGGACAUUGGUUACGCGAAACGGACGUGUUCCAAAAAUUUCUAGUGAACACUUCAGUAGCGUAAGCACUCUUAAGUGGUCCCUUGAGUUGCUCAGAAAUGCCCUUUUCGCUUUACCAAUGUCCGAAGAGAAAAAAGUGAUGCAAACUUGAUUUUCUACAUUUUCAGUUCCCCACAUUGCCAAAUGUAUGCGAGUCUCGUCUUCACACGAAGUUCAAUUACUUCGCGACAUCAUUUUACCGCCUCUCUUUUGCAACGCCGCCAAAAAUAACAAUCCAGGCCUGUUGAAGACUUUGAAGGUGCGAAUCUUUCUGUUCUUGGGUUCUAGAGUGAUCACUAAAGGGGUAACUUUAGGGCUCUUCUAGGUUUCUCUCAAGGAACACCUUACCUCCUCCUAUAGGGGCCACUAAAGAAGUGGCCACUCUAGGGCAGCUUUCAAAUCAGAACACAACUUAAGAGAGCACUAUAUGGAUUACUUAGGCUUUAGGAACUUGAAGGUCAGACUCUAAACUUCUGUAGGGAUUACCUAAAUCUUAAUCUUCUAAGGAGCACUAUUUUGCCCACUACAAAGGCUGUUUUCCUCCCUAACCCUCUAGUGACCACUCUGGCGUUCCUCAGUUUAUGUUGAAGUUGAAAGACACUUUUCAGUCAUUUUUCUCUGUAAUUCGUAAUUAGUUUCUAUAUCUAGGAAUCGGGCGUGAAUUUCUCGACACCCGACUAUAACCUGAGGACAGCUUUGCACGUGGCGGCGUCGAAUGGAAAUUUGGAAUCCGUCAAAUAUUUGUUGAGCAUCGGAACCAAUGUUCAUUUGAAGUGAGUUUCAAGAGAAAAACUUCAUUUCAGUGAAAAAAAAGAGGGUUUUAUUAAAUUUUGAGUUGGAACGAUUUUUCAUUGAAACCAUAUGAUUUGAAGUUCCAGUUUCAAAAUGAGUAUCAAUGGUAGAAGAUCCUUCCUGUGUCAUUGGGACUUCUCCGAAUUUCUACUGACAGAAAAAUUAGAAAAAAAUAUCUUCUUCUGUUUUACAGACAAAUAUAUAUAUGUGGCUGGAAUUAAAAAAAUUGGGUUUUUGAAGGAAUUUUGAUUCUAAAAAGAAAUUAAGAAAAAAAUUUAUUUUUCUUAGCUGAAAGAACAAUAAAAAAAUCUUGAUCUUUCUUAUUUUUUUAUAUUUAGUUUGAAGCUUUCUAUCAAGUUAUAAAUUUCUAAAAAUAAGAAUUUCGGACUAUAUACUAUAAAAAAAGAGGAAAGAAAAAAACUUACUCACGCAUUCCUGCUCCACGUGUUAUCGUCGUCUCGCGAGGCAACUAGUAGCGCGAGCGAGCAGCUACCCCGUCCGCACGGAUGGCCGAGUGGUCUAAGGCGCCAGACUCAAGCGAAUAGCUUGCCUCGAGUUCGAGGCCUCUGGGCGUUCUGGUACUCGUAUGGGUGCGUGGGUUCGAAUCCCACUUCGUGCAGAAUCUUUUGCAUUUUUACAUUAUGGAUACUUGCUUUUUGCUUUUUUUUAAAACAUGUUUAUGAGUUUUAGUCGAUUUUUCAUACGUGAACACUUUUGUUGUGAAUUUCCAGAGACAUGUUUGGCUACAACGCUCUGGUUUGUGCCGUGAAAGCCAAGGCCUACGAUUGUGUGGUCGCUAUUCGAAACGCCGGAGGCUCGAUGGACGCCUAUUCGCAGAAAAUUGGUAGCCGAUGAGCUGCUCUAGAUAUACUAAUCGGAAAUGAUUUGAGGUGUCGAGUUGUGUCACGGCGCCGCGCAUGGCGAGCUGGAGUUGCUCAAGUGCUACGAAGCCGCCGGCUGUUCGAUGCAAGAAGUCGACUACGACUCCAGGACCGCCUUGCAUGUGGUCGGUUUUGAUGGGAAAAAAAGAAGGGGAGUUUUUUCAGUGAGAAAUUGAAUAAAACUUCAUAGAUUUGUAGAGAAAAUCUCCUCUUCUCGUCGAAAUUUUAUUCUUGACUGAAUGGGUUCUUGAGGGUACCCUAUGGUUCUUUAUGAAAGAGAACCCGAAAAACUUUACUCUACCCGAUUUUGAUCAUUUUGAUUUGAGAUAGGAAUUUUUGAAGUUUUGAGUGAAAAAAUUGACCCAAAAUAAAGAAAGAUCGAUAUUUCGAAAAUCUUCCUGGAGAUUAUGAGAAGGUGGUAGCCCUGCACGACUUAGUAUUACCCUGAAAAUAGCUAUUCGCCUUGAGACCUCUAUUUAAUAAGUCUAUUCUUCUUUAAACAUGACAGAAAUUAUGUGUUCAGAGCUGAGUUGAUUGAAAAAAAAACAACCAAUGAUUAAGGUUUCAUUCAUAAUUGAAAACACGAAAAAAAUAUUUUUUAUUGCUUCGUCUAACAAAUGCAGCCUCAUCAAAUGAAAGGAAAUUUUUCAAACUGAAAAUUCUAGGCCGUCAAACUCAACCACGAAGCGAUCGUUUCAUAUUUGUUGGAACGUCAUGUCAGCCCCGUUGCCGUGGAUGAUUUUGGCAUGACGCCAAUCAUGGAAGCCCAGCGGAAGGGCAACAAGGUAUUGAACUGGUUUACGAAUAGUUUUUGGCUCAAAAAAGCUCAAAGAGUUAGAUGCAAAAAAUAGCUGAAAAGAAUUGGCUUUUGCGCUCUAUGGAUAAUUUGAAUAAAAGUCUGAAUCUUGAUUUUGAUUUGCCUUUCUGGAUCUUGUUGUUCUCGCGUAUUUAUAGAUUUUUUGCUCAGUUUUGAGGAUUUUUCCAUGUUUUGCUUCAAAUGAAGUCCCUUUUAAGCGAAUCAUCAUCAAAUUACAAAAAUUGAAAAAUUCAGGAAAUGGAAAUGCUGCUCCGAAAUUACGCGAACGGUCCCUACGACAGCCCGAAACCGGUCAAUGGAACGACGCCCAGUGACGCCGUCUUCUACAUGGAAUAA